GAGGGAGAGAGAGAGAGGGAGAGAGAGGGACAGAGAGAGAGAGAGAGAGAGAGAGAGAGAGAGAGAGGGAGAGAGAGAGAGAGAGAUGCUAGCUGAUUGGCUGAAAGUUUUCCAGCUUAGACAAACCGCUCAUACCACACGGUGCAGACACACAGACUUCUCUAUCGGGUCAGAAACACAGAGAGAUAGACAGAGAACGACAGACAGACGGAUAGACCGACAGACAGCGGAAGAGAAGGCUGACACCUCAGUGACUGAGGACCGGUCUUGGAGGUUGUGGAUCGCCCUCCAUGCUGUGGGAUUCAGCAUUCAUCUUCCUCAUCUUCAUCAUCUCCUGUGGGCCUCCUUCUCCUCGUCCUCCUCCUCCUCCUCUGUUCUCCUUCAGCUCUAGACCCGUCUCUAGACCCUGGAACUGGCUCUGGACCCUUCUCUAGACCCUGGAACUGGCUCUGGACCCUUCAUCGUCUCUGGACCCGUCUCUGGACCCUUGACCCGUCUCUAGACCUGUUUCUGGACCCGUCUCUAGACCCGUCUCUAGACCCGUCUCCAGACCCUGGACCCGUCUCUAGACCCGUCUCUAGACCGUGGACCCGUCUCUAGACCCUGGACCCGUCUCUAAACCCGUCUCUAGACCCGUCUCCAGACCCUGGACCCGUCUCUAGACGCUGGACCCGUCUCUAGACCCGUCUCUGGACCAGUCUCGGCCGCCAGCGCUCUGGGAUGAACUUAGCCGGCCAGGGGUUCCUGCUGGACUCCAGGACUUUCCUGCCCCAGGAAGCGGUCAGUCUGAACCCCCCAUGGGCAGCACGCAGCCCCAGUCCAGGAUCUGCAGGGUCUGAAGCAGACUUGGACCACCAGCUCUCCCCGGGUCCUGGUUCUCCUGCCAUACGGGGAGGAGGGAUGGGAGCCCUGGGGUCCAGCUCAGCAGGUCCCGGUCCUGGUCCUGGUCCCGGUGCUGGUCCCGGCCCUGGUCCCGGCCCUGGUCCUGUUCCUGGUCCCGGCCCUGGUCCCAGUCCUGGUCCUGGUCCUGGCGAGGCCAAGGCGGGCGAGCCCCGGAUCCGGAGGCCCAUGAACGCCUUCAUGGUCUGGGCCAAAGACGAGAGGAAGCGCCUGGCCGUUCAGAACCCCGACCUGCACAACGCAGUGCUCAGCAAGAUGCUUGGCCAGGCCUGGAAGGCUCUGGCCCCGCCCGAUAAGCGUCCCUUCGUGGAGGAGGCGGAGCGACUGCGUCUGCAGCACCUGACGGACCACCCCCACUACAAGUACCGCCCCCGCCGCAAGAAGACCACCAAGAAGCUGAAGAGGGCGGAGCCGGGGCUGCUGCUGCACGGCCCGGGGGCGGGGCCCGAGGGGUACCCGCUUCACCUCCGCCAGCACCACCUGCAGCCCCCCCACCACCCGGGACGCUUCAGGGAGGUCCUGGACCUGGAGGGCUACGGCCUGCCCACGCCCGAGAUGUCCCCCCUGGACCUCCUGGAGGACGGCGGCCGGGACUCUGUGUUCUUCCCCCAGCAGGACGAGGGCUGGGCGGGGUACCACCCCCUGCAGCACCAGCACCACCCCCAACCCCACCCCCACCACCUCCAGCACCAGCACCAGCACCACAGCCAGCAGUACUGCAGCCCCACCUACUACACCGCCCACCCCCACCAGAACCACAGCGGCCUGGGGCACCCCGGCCAGGGGUCCAGACGGAGCAGUGGGGGGGCCGGGUCCGGUCUUGGCCCUGGCGGGACCCCCUCGGUGGGGGGGGACUCCAGGAUGAACCUCAGGCUGCUUUGUAGAACCGAACCGGAACCGGAUUCCGGCCUGAGCUACGGACCGGACUCUAGGGGGGGCUGCAGGCUGGACCCCAGGGGGGGCCCCGGGGACUCGGCUGAGUCCAGCAUGACCUCCUGUAGCUCCGCCUUCAGCUCUUGCUCCGCCGCCUCCUCCACUGUGGCGGCGUCCAGUAUGGGCUCCGCUUACGGUUUGGAACUCGGCCCCGGGAACCACCCCGGUCUACGGGCAGCCGUGAACCGCCCGCCCCCUCCCUCCGACCCCGCCCACUCCUCCUACACCACGCCCCUCCAGCUCACCUGCCUCUCUGAGCCAAUCACGUCGAGCUACGGCUACAGCCCGCUGUACGGCGGCGGCCGGCUCCAUCACAACGCCCUCACCUCCCCCUCCUCCCACCUGGGCCAGCUGUCUCCUCCUCCAGAGACUUCCUUCUGCUCCUCCUCCGGCUCCCUCCCGCCCCCUCCCCCCUCCUCUCUGUUCCCCCCCAUGGCCCACAGCGACCCCGCCUCCUCGGCAGAGUUCUGGUCGGAGGUGGACCGCCAGGAGCUGGACCAGUACUACGGCUCCGCCCGGACCCCCAUGGAGACGUACGGCCCGGCCGGACCCAAGGCCCUGCUGGGCCACGCCGCUAGCGCUGGGGCUAGCGGAGUUAGCUGCUCUGGGGCUAGCCACCGCAACAGGGACCUGGGCGGCAUUAGCAGCGGUGGCGCUAGUGGUUGUAUUAGCGGAAGCGGAGUUAACUGCACGGUCGCGAGUGCGUUCCACAGGGAAGCAGCAGGCGCUCCUAGCGCCGGUAGCGGUAUCAGCUGUAUAAGCGGUGGCGGCGGUAGCUGCUCUGUAGCUCGCAUCCUGACCAGGGAAGCAGUGGGCGGUGCUAGCAGCGUUAGCAGCAUUAGCAGCGUUAGCAGCGGCGGCGCUAGCUGUGCGGACGGGAGCAGUGCGCUGAUAACGGCGCUGUCGGACGCCAGCAGCGCCGUCUACUACAGCGCCGGCAUCACGGGGUAAACGGCGUCUGCUGUACUCCAGCGCCACAUAAACCCCGUCCCGACCAGUUCAGACCGGUUGUUACGGGAGGAAUGCGAGGGGCGGUGGAGCCGCUGUGGUCACCGCGGGGCUCCUCUGUUUGUUUUUGUUUUGUUUCCCGACCGCAGUAAACCUUCACUCCGAAACAUCAUCUCUCUCCCCGGCCGCCAGCACCAGAUAGCAUCUCUGGAGGACCGGGUUUCUGCUGCGCGGUCCGCUGGGAACGCAUUCUGGAGAACCAGAACCGCUCCUCAAAGAACCGAGAGACAGAGGCAGCUCGUCUGCCGAGCACUGCUCCCCGAAGAACACAGAGACAGAGACGGCUCGUCUCCGAGCGGGAAAAGAGAAGGACUCUACGGUGUCUGCUGGGUCCUGGUCUUCUCUCUGCUGGGUGCUGGUCUUCUCUCUGCUGGGUGCUGGUCUUCUCUCUGCUGGGUGCUGGUCUUCUCUCUGCUGGGUGCUGGUCUUCUCUCUGCUGGGUGCUGGUCUUCUGUCGUUUGUGUCCUGGUCUUCUGUCGUUUGUGUCCUGGUCUUCUGUGUCCUCGGUGUCCUGGUCUUCUGUGUGCGUCCGUUGAGAUGUUUAACCUGUUGAGCGCUGGCCUCUCUGGGGGGGGGCGGGGCGGCGGUCAGACCUCCAGAUGUUCUUCAGACCUCCAGAUGUUCUCCUGGGCGGAUGAGGAGGGGUCUGAAGGAGAGACCUCUCCCCUGAACAGACUCCUGGACCCCCCCCCUCAGACCGACCCUUCCCUGGGCGGGUUGAGGUCUGUGUGUGUGUUUAUCUGUGUGGUGGGUGAGUCUGAGUGUGUGUGUUUGUGAGUGAGUGUGAGUGUGAGUGUGAGUGUAAGUGUGUGUGUGUGUGUGUGUGUGUGUGUGUGUGUGUGUG